CGUGUUUCCGCCUCCCACAAUCUGCCAACAAGCCACAUCCAUUGAUAGCCAUAGCCUACUGAAGGCUUGACUUAGGCAUUAAACAAGUUUUUUUUAUUCCCUUCCAGAGUGUAAUUUAUCAUUUACAGUCAUUAAACAUUGCAUUUAUUUUUAAAGUAAAAUAUUAGUUAUUAUUAACUACUUUAAAAUGUGGAAAUUUAUUAUAUUAGUUAGUUUUCUUUGCAUUUAUUCUUGCUCCGGAAGCAAUGCAGAUACAUCUAAAGGACCUAAAGUGACAAAAAAGGUAAUUUUUAAAAUAAGUAUUGGAAACGUGGAAGCAGGUUCAGUUGAAAUAGGUGUUUUUGGUAAAACUGUUAAUAAAACUGCAGAGAAUUUCGCUGCACUCUGCGAAAAACCCAAGGGUGAAGGAUAUAAAGGAAGUAAAUUCCAUAGGGUCAUUAAAGACUUUAUGAUUCAAGGAGGUGACUUCACACGCGGAGAUGGAACCGGAGGCCGAAGUAUUUAUGGAGAAAAGUUUGCAGAUGAAAACUUCAAACUGAAGCAUUAUGGUGCUGGUUGGUUGUCAAUGGCAAAUGCAGGAAAAGAUACAAAUGGUUCUCAAUUUUUCAUUACAGUUAAGAAAACCUCAUGGCUUGAUGGGAAACACGUAGUUUUUGGAAAAAUUAUCAAAGGAAUGGAUAUCGUAAAGAAAAUUGAAAGUACAACUACAGACAGAAACGACAGACCAAAAGAUGAUGUCGUUAUUACUGAUUGUACUGUGGAAAUAGUAGAACCAUUUAGUGUAGCGAAAGCCGAUGCUACAGAAUAGAAACGCAUAUCUAAUGUGUUUCACUAAUUUAUGCAAGUUUGCAUGAUUAAAAUGAUUAAAAAUCUAUUGAUAUAAUGUACAUUGUACAAAUGCUUGCAUUUUUUUAUACAAAUUUGUAUUCAAUUUUUUAAUUUUUUAAAAUGAAUAAAAUUAAACUGAAAAAAUGUU